UAAUUUUUUGUGGCAGACAAUUAGGACAUCUUUUGUGGAGAUCAAGAAGGAAAAUUGAAGGAAGACAAGGUUGUUUUUGCUUUCUCAUUGGUCUUUCUUCCUCAAGCUACCACCGCAAGUCCAUGGAGUCAACGCCAUCGGAAAUUGUUAACUUGGGAAAAUCUCUGAUAGUACCUAGUGUUCAAGAACUGGCCAAGGAGCCCAUCACCAAAAUCCCACCUCGGUACGUCCGCGAACACGAGGACUCUCCAAUCAUAUCCCAUCACAAUUUACUUCCAUCAGUACCGGUCAUUGAUCUUCAGAGCUUGCUUACAGCAGAUUACAUGGAUUCUGAAUUAGAGAGGCUACACUCUGCUUGCAAAGAAUGGGGUUUCUUCCAGGUUAUAAACCAUGGAGUGAAUGGUUCAUUGUUAGAUGAAUUCAGAAGAGAAAUUAUAGAAUUCUUCAAACUUCCAAUGGAAGAGAAAAGGAAGCUAUGGCAACAACCAGACAACCAUGAGGGGUUUGGGCAGCUAUUUGUGGUAUCAGAAGAGCAGAAGCUUGACUGGUCAGACAUGUUCUACAUAAACACCCUUCCAACCAAUUUAAGGCAGACUCAACUAUUUGAACAUCUGCCUAAAAACCUCAGGAAGACAUUGGAAGCUUACUCUACAGAGGUGAAAAAACUAGCCAUGACCAUCUUAAGUCAACUGGCCAAAGCUUUGAAGAUGGAUGAUGAAGAGAUGAGAGAGCAAUUUAGUGAUGGGGUGCAGUCAAUGAGAAUGAACUACUAUCCUCCAUGCCCUGAUCCAGAUAUGACCAUUGGCUUCACUCCCCAUUCGGAUGCCGAUGCUCUAACCAUUCUAUACCAGCUCAAUGAAACCCAAGGCUUGCAGAUACGAAAAGAAGGAAAAUGGGUACCGGUUAAGCCGCUUCCAAAUGCUUUUGUAGUCAACAUUGGAGACAUUAUGGAGAUUGUGAGCAAUGGCCUUUAUAGGAGCAUAGAACACAGAGCAACGGUGAAUUCAACGAAAGAGAGGCUCUCCAUUGCAACAUUCUAUAGCUCCAACUUAGACUCAGAGUUAGGCCCUGCACAUAGCCUUAUCAGUCCAUAUAACCCUGCAGUUUUCCGGCGAGUCCCUAUUGAUAAGUACUUCAAGGACUUCUUUUCUCGAAAACUCGACGGUAAGUCAUACCUUGAUUUCAUGAGAAUUGAAAAAGGGGAUGGCUGCAGUGGUUGAACGAAGCUAUGCUGGUUGAGCAUUUAAAUGGUAACACAAGAAAAAAAAAAAAAAAAAAAGUAUGUUAAAAUUUUCUGAAGUACUGCUGCAUAAUUCCCUAGCUAAUGUGGCCUUAGCUUUCUUUAAAUAUUUGACCAAAUGAUUUACAAUCAGCUACUAAUAAUCCUUACAGGAAAUACCCUUCUUAUCAAAGAACAUGUAGUUCUUCAUGUUACAUUUGUGAGCAACGAAUCCAAUUUCAAAUUUAAAAAUAUGAUUUCUUUCUAUUUCAAA